GUAGGAGAGCGAGCGAGCAGCAGCACUUCGUUCAACUUAGAAAAAAAUCGACGGAAAUCAAAACUGCCAGACAGCCACAAUAAAUUCAGAUUCGACUAGACAGCGGUCUCAAGCAUAUGCCCCCCGUUCUCUCCCCUCCCCCCCAGUUCCUCCAGACCGCCGUCCGUCUGCAAACCUACGCUGUCGUCAUGGACGCACUUUGCUGGUGGACGCCAUCAAUCGAGACAAUCACUGAUACGGUAGAGUGCCAGAGGGGGGGUGCGCGCGAGGAGGACAAAGCACAGGCUCGCAAGCAAUUAGAACUUCAUCGAGACAAGUUUUUUCCUUCCCUUGGUGCGCAAGCUCGAGCCGGCGUGUGCUCGACGAGCAGCUCUGCUGCCGGUUGCCUGGCUAGGGCUGCUGCUUACCUGCAAACAUGGCUGGCCCAAGGCAUAUGGGGGUGGAUGGGAGGGAUAAACGGCAGUCGACAACGAAGGCGGAAGGGAAGCGUACAGAUUUCGCCUUUCGCGCGGACUAGGUCCGAUGCACCUAUGAGAAAAGUUUUCGCUAUCGUUCUCGUCGUUCUCUCGGUGGUGGAGGUGGCGACGGUCAAAGGAGGUUGGCUCGGAAGGGCCAGCUCAUGGCUCCACGCAGCUUACUGCAAUUGGCGCAGCUUUGAUUGGGCGCAUGAAGCAGCGCGGUGCAUCUCGCAUCCGAACCCGCAGCGUCGGCUUCUGAUUCGACGGCCAGUCUCGUUUGGAGGCAGUCUUCGGGGGGGAGAAACAACCAUUUCCUGUCUUCUUUCCUUCCUUUCUUUUUCUCCGGCGUGUUCGAUGCGCAUCCACGAAUCCGCGGAUCCACGAAUCCACGAAUCCACGACUGCCCCUCGGCGUUGUCGCUGUCCCUGUCGUGCUGCAUUUUCCGGCUCUGCGUCCGGUGGAUUAUUGUCGCAGUCGAUUACUCGCUGGCGAUGGCAGCUGGGAGUUCUGGCCGAUGGGUGCCGUUCCGAUGUGAUGGCCAGCUGGAAUCGGCGUGGCAGCUGGCCAUCUGUUCGCAUCGAUAUUCCGGCGUGGCCCCAUCGCUAGUGAGCCAGAAUAAAAGUCCGGCCGAAUCCAACGCUCGCUCGCGUCGUCGUCGCGCUCGUGCUCGUGCUCGCGCUUGACGUUCCGAAAGCGAACCGGCGUCCUCGCUCGCUCCGAAACGUCAAAAGGAAAGUCCCGCGCACAACCCCAACGUCCGCGCGCUCGAAACGUCAAAAGAAAAAAAGUCCCGCGCUCCCGGCCGGCUGCCAUCCCCCCCAUCGCAGAGCCCCUCCCCCCUCUUCCCACUU